AUGAAUGUUGUGGGGUGCAAAUGGGUGUUCAGAACGAAGCGCAAGGCCGAUGGCACGAUUGAGCGGCACAAGGCUCGAUUGGUCGCAAAGGGUUUCAAUCAAGUCGCUGGGCAAGACUUUUUUGAGACUUUCAGUCCUGUUGUCAAACCCACCACCGUGCGGCUUCUUCUCUCUUUAGCCAUUUCUCGCGGUUGGGUCAUUCGGCAGUUGGAUGUUCACAACGCCUUCCUCAAUGGUAAUCUUGCAGAGACAGUUUACAUGAGACAGCCGCCCGGUUAUGAAGACCAGUCACGGCCGGAUGAUGUGUGUUUGUUACAGAGAUCACUCUAUGGUCUUAAGCAGGCUCCUCGAGCGUGGUUCAAUAGGUUGCAUGCUUUCUUGGUGUCGGUUGGUUUUUCACCCUCCAAGAAUGAUGUUUCUUUAUUCAUCUAUACUCGUGCCUCUAUUUGUUUAUAUUUGCUUGUCUAUGUUGAUGAUAUCCUUGUUAUGGGGUCUGAUGCUUCGUGUGUUACUCGGCUUCUUACUGACUUAGCCUCGGAGUUUAAGAUUCGUGACAUGGGUGCUCCGUCUUUUUUUCUUGGCAUUGAGACGGUCUCCAAGGAUGGUGGUUUGUUUCUUUCUCAGCAGCGAUACAUGCGAGAUAUUUUGAGCCGUGCAGGUAUGGUGGACUGUAAACCGUUGGCUACUCCGUAUCGCAGUCUUGCUGGGGCUCUACAGUAUCUUACUGUUACUCGUCCGGAUCUCUCUUUUGCCGUGAAUCGGGUCUGUCAGCAUAUGCACUCUCCAACCACUGAGCAUUGGGCUAUGCUCAAGCGUGUUCUGCGGUAUGUUAAAGGAACUCUGCACUUUGGUCUUUUUAUUCGUCCUUCCUCCUCUGUUGCGGUUCAUGCCUUUUCGGAUUCGGACUGGGCUGGUGAUCCAACUGACAGGAAGUCUACUAGUGGUUUUGCGGUUUUUCUUGGUGGCAAUCUGAUUUCCUGGUCUUGUCGGAAGCAACGCACGGUUGCUCGUUCGUCUACAAAGGCUGAAUACAAGGCUCUGGCUGAUGUGUCUGCGAAGGUCACCUAG